GAUAUGCGUUAAAAUGUAUAACAUGCUUACUUCCGGAUGCGCAAGGGCGUGUGCAGCUAAAUUCAAUACAAUAGGCCUUUUUAUGCCACCACAUGAAAGACUCCAAAUUUCAUUUCCUUUUCCUCAUGUCUUCCUGUCUUCACCGGCAACCUGAUUACUAUUAAAGAUGCCUGUGAAGACCAUUCAGCAGUUGGAUGAAGACAACAAGGCAACGGCCGUUGUGUACGACCACUCCAAAGCUAAACUUGUCAUUAGCAAAAACAAAGUGAGGAGAUGCAGAAGGGAGACAUUCCUGUCAGUGCUUCCCUACUGGAGGCCUUCCUCUCACAGUCAGAAUGUUGAGAGCAAAUUGACAUCAUCACCAACUCCUCGGAAGCCUAAGCCUCGACCUGCAACACAAAGUGUCGUCAGCAUUGCGAAACCAAAGUUGCAUGUCUGUGUCCGGACUCACCUGCCACAUGGAAAGGCGACGCUAGAUUUUGAACUGGAUUCAGAGACAUCCAUCUCAGCCUUGAAAGAGAUGAUACACUCAAGGAUCGGUGUCCAGCCUCAACGUCAACAGCUGUGCAUCAGAGGAAACUUCCAGCUCUGUGAUUUGCUAACACUUCAUGAAAAUGGUAUCGAAAAGGACGAAGUCAUCUCAUUAUCGACUAAUGAUGCCACCCAAGAUGGGCCAACAGGGAAACCAGAAAUUAAUAAAGAGUACCUUGAAAACUUGUCCUCGAAGUUGGGAUCAUCAUGGAAGGACGUGGCAAAAUACCUGGGAUACGAAGACUGCGAAAUUGCACAAAUCCAAUCUACCAACGAAGGCACAUCUAAAAUGAGCAGCCAGAUGCUACUUACUUGGUGGGAAAAGAGGACAGAUCGAGACCAAGCAGCUCAGAAGUUGGCAGUAGCCCUGGAUGGCAUCGGGCGCACCGAUUUGGUCAAAAAUCCACCAAAUACUUGCAGAUCCACAGAUGAUAUUGAAAGACCGCAAUCAGAGAAACAUGACAAGCCAAUAGCAGACAAGCAGAGAGAUCAAAAAGGUGCGCCAGUACCUGAGGAGCAGAAGUCGAGUAAGGAGCCAGCUCUUGACAAGGACAAACCUCAACCGUUGUGUUUCGGAUUCGUGAAACGGCAUCUCCAGGUCUUGGUCAGGAACCCUUUCCUUCGUGGACCGAAGACACUCUGCUUCCACCUGGACCCAGAGACAUCUGUCUCAUCUCUGAAAGGGUUGAUACACAGCAAAAUCGGUGUCGAGCCCCGAUGUCAGCAUCUCUUCAUCAAGAGAAAUUUUCGUAGCUUUAAGCUCAUAGACUUGCUUACACUCAACGACUGCGGAAUUCAGCAGGACGAGAAUAUAUUACUCCGUCUGAAAACUGAUGGCCUUCUGGGUGGUGGACGAAAAGAUGAAGCCCAGGUUAAUGAUCAAUUUCUUCGAGAUGUGUCCCUCAAGGUUCAUCAUUCCUGGGACAAACUCGCGGAAUGCCUGGGAUAUGAAAAAGUAGGAAUCCAGCAAAUCCAAGCGAUCUCCGAAGACGACAAAGAACGCAGUAAACAGAUGUUACUUUCGUGGUGGAGAAAACAGACAAAUCAUGAGGAAGGUCUUAAAAGGCUCCGAGAAGCCUUGGAAAGCGUUGGGUUAACUGAACUUGCCUCAUUGGUACCAAAUGCAUUCCAAGAGGAGGUCUCACAGGAAGGGUCAACAAAAUCAAAUGAGGAUGAGAGACUGAAACAAGAGCAGGUUGGUAUUCCGGACAGAACUCAACCGAAGCGACAGGAACACGCAGGGACACAAGAGCGUGUUACGCAAAAAGGGGCGUCCUCAGUAGAACAAAGACUGGAACAAGAGCAAGGUGGCGAUGGAGAUGAGACUCCGCCACAGAAGCAGCAAAUGGCACAGGAAAUACGUCACAGCUCGCAAAAGGUAAUCACAUCUUCAAAAGCGCAGGAAUUUGGGCAGGCGCAGUCUGGACUUUCAAUGGCACAUCACUCAAUUGAUAAACAGCGAGCACCAUCGCCGGUCGAAAACGACCAUAUGGCGUUGAAAAGGGUGAUGGCUUCACCUGAGGAACGCGUAGUUAAAGAGGCCAGACAACAGACAACAGGAAAAACGCUGUCAGACGAUGUACGAAGAAGUCAGGUAGAGUCGCUGCGAACGGAAACAAUCACAGAAGUAUCACAGGACUGGCAGAUAAUGCAAGUUCCUAGCUCAUUUCCGGAAUUUGCUCCUUCCGUGCCUCAAAUCGGAGCAUCGUCUGCCUUGUCUGCUGUACAUGACCAUAUAUAUCAUCGUCCGGUGUCCGUGGGUGCUAUCGAUGUCUCCGGCGAAAAUAAUACUACCUUCUUCGGACCGAUUUAUCAACCGACCAUGAACAUCGUUCAAAAUGUGAUGGCGACUGGGAGUACUUCGGGUGAGACGAACAGUGCUGCAAACAGAGCGAAAGAAGCUGCCAGUCAGUGCAGAAAAGAAUUGGAAGAGAGGUACACGACCACCGGUAGCUAUGUGCAGCUACUCCCAUGGGUCGAUGAUGACAUGAAACACAUCAAAGAUAUGUACACAAAGUUACAGUUCAAACUGGAUAAGGAGGGUGGCAUUAAAGGAGGUGUUGAAACAUAUCACGAUAUUUUCCUCAUAACAACAAAAGAGGGGCGAGUGAUUAAACGCGCCAUUUUGUGCGGUUCAGCCGGUCUAGGGAAGUCCACUAUUAUUGACAAUAUUGCACAUGAUUGGGCUGUUGGUAAUGUUGAAGUACUAAGACAGUUUGCACUGGUAUUUGUUUUGAAAAUGUCUGCGCUGAAUCAGACGUCUGAUCUUGUGGACUCUGUGUUUGAUCAGCUUUUGGCCAAAGACUCGGUCGUCAACAGGUCUGAUUUGAAAGACUUCAUUCACAGUCACAAAACGUCUUCGGGUGUGCUUGUUCUCCUUGAUGGCUUUGAUGAGUUUCAGACAACAAAUCUGGACCCAACUACAUUCGGUUCUGUUCUAGAAAUGCUUAACCGAAAAGUUGGCCGAGAUUGGUUUGUAAUUGUAACAACACGCCCCUCUCACUUGAGUACUUUGAGAAGCAAAUCAAUCGUUGAAAAACCUUUUACCCAUGUGGAUGUUCUGGGAUUUGAUCGGGAAAAUGUUUGGCAGUAUGUAAAGCUUUUUUUUCUAGAGAAGUUUGACGAUGAUGAUGCUCUUCUUGAUAGGAUGGAGACUGCUGGAAGUCUUCUUUGUAAGAUUCAAUCCUCAAAUGUUCUUUCUGAUUUGGCAAAGAGGCCAAUGCUGUUACUGCUGAUGUGUUUAUUGUGGAGGGACGAGGCACAACUACCAGAUACCCUAUCAAAACUGUACAGGAAGGCAAUGACAUAUAUAUUUCGAAGAAAGACGCCGCAUAUUUCAGACAAUGCCAUAUCAGAAUUAAUAAUUGCGAUCGGCAAACCUGCUGUAGAAGGGCUUAUUUCUCCUAAACAAAGACUUUCUUUCCAUGAAAGAGAGUUUGAAAAGAGUGUGUUACACAAGGCUGUACAAGUGGGUAUUCUCACCAGCCAGAGGGUCAUUAAGUGGUCUGACACUCACAAUAGUGUGCAGUUUAUCCAUAAGACAUUUCAAGAGUGCUGUGCAGCUAGAUACUGUCAAAGUCUAAUUGGAAGGGAAGACGUGGAACUUCAGAGGAUUCUUGAUGAAAUUGACAACCCUCAAGCUUUUGAGUACAUGUUGCGUUUUUGCUGCGGCGACAGUGAGCAAUGUGCACGGUAUAUUCUGAACGCGCUUUGUAAGAAUCCAUAUACCACAGAAGUGUGCCAACUGGGCCUAAAUUGCUGCUUCGAGAGUCAGUCAAGGUUACUGGCAGUUGAAUAUGCCGAGUUGUUCGUUACCAAACAAGUAGAGUACACCAUGUACGGAAACACUGACACACUGAACUCUUUCUUGUGGUUUUUGGAACAGGUUUCCAAACCCGUCAACCAAAGUGAUCGCCUAGCGUGCGUCCGCACGUUAACGAUUAGAGACUAUAAUCUGACAGAGGUUUGUGAAGUCUUAGCUUCCUGUUUCACAGGAAUGACUCACCUGAAAUCACUCACUCUCGAGUCAUGUGACAUAAAUGCCCAAAAUUUCACACACCUUGCAAGAUCUCUGGUUGGGAUGGCAGACGUAACCAAACUUGACUUUUCAGGCAACGGGGAAUUGGGUGGAAGUGCAAAAACGUGGGCUCAUUAUUUGAAAUCCCUUGAAAGCAUCGAGAAACUCAAUUUGAGUGAAUGCAGCCUGCAAGCCCGAGAUAUGAAAUACAUUGCAACAGCAGUUAGAGAAAUGGUUAACUUGACUCGCCUUGACCUUUCAAACAACGAAAGUUUGAGUGGUUGCGCAAAAAUUUGGGUGGGUAGUUUGAAAAGUAUGAUUUACUUAAAGAAACUAAAAAUGAACAGAUGUCGCAUAACACGUCACGAUGUCAGACACGUUGUUGAAGCAAUCAGUGGAAUGAGCAAUACAAAGAAUUUUCAUUUUGAUUGUACUGAGGUGGACAUCAAUAUUUCGUUGAUGAAGAGUGGGUGCGCGAUCAUCGAAAAGUUGUCCAUAGCACAAAAACACCUACAAGUGACUGAUAUUAAACAACUUGGUGAACUGAGUUUGGUGCAAAGUUUGAAAGAGCUCAGUCUGAUAGGAAUUCAGUCGCUGGGAGGCUUUGCAGAAACAUGGGCUCCUCAAUUGCUACUUGUAAAGCUGAUAACCCUUGAUCGGUUACAUCUCGAAGACUGCUCUCUACAAGUGACAGAUAUUCAACAUCUUGCUGAUGAACUGGGCCAAAUGCCAGGCUUGAAAGAGCUCAGUCUGAAAGGAAACCGGUCCUUGGGAGGUUCUGCAGAAAGUUGGGCUCCUCAACUGCAGCGCCUAAAAAAUCUUGAAAAACUGAAGUUGACUUCGACGGCAUUAAAAGGACAGGAUAUGCCUCACCUUACGUCGUCAGUGGCAAAGAUGGAAAAUGUAACCAAUCUUGACCUAUCACAAAAUGAGGAGUUGGGUGGCUGUGUGGACACAUGGGCCGGUAGUUUAAAGAGCAUGACUCACCUGAAGAGUCUGGAUAUGCAAAAUUGCCUUCAAGGAAUCAAUGAUGUCGUGCAUGUAACCGAAGCGAUUAGUUGCAUGAGUAACUUGCUGGCUUGUCAUGUCAGUCAGGACUAUCGGUUGAUUGUACUGCAUGUUUGGCCAUUGGAAAGUUACACGCGCGUGGAUUUUGAUGCAAGGUUCUUGCCUGACAUAACUGUUAAAGAUAUGUUACUGUCAUUGAGCAAUCGGAAUGAUGUAGUCAAUUUGAUUAUUAACAUUGACUUUAUUUUGGGUCGUGGUGAUUUAUGGAUGCUACCCUUAAAACAGCUGGAGCACCUUGCGGAAUUGAAAAUCUUUACUUGUUCCCUCGAAGGCACAGAUGUUGAGAUCCUAGCUGCAGCAGUGGGAAAGAUGGCAACUUUGGAAAAACUCAGUUUGAAUGCAGAAAGCGGUCUGGGGGGAUCUGCAAACAUUUGGGCUUCAAGUCUGACACAAAUGGAACAUGUGAAGUGCUUGAGUUUGGUCAAUUGUGAUCUUGAAGACACAGACAUUGAACCCCUUGCUAAAGCGCUCAGUCAAAUACCAAAGCUGACUGAGCUCAGUCUGGAAGGAAAUCAGUCGUUAGGGGGCUCUGCAGAAACAUGGGUUCCUCACUUGGAAUGCUUGAAAAACCUGAGGAAACUCAAUUUGACUUCAACUGCAAUUAACGCACAAGACAUGCCUCACAUUACGUCGUCGGUGGGAGAGAUGCCAGCCUUGACCGAUCUUGACAUUUCAGGGAACCAAGACCUGAAAGAUCAUAUAGACACCUGGGCUGCGAGUUUAACGAGCAUGAUUCACCUCAAGAAACUAAUUGUGAAUUAUUUUAGCAUGGGAAGUCAUGACGGCAAGUAUCUGGUUGAAGCAAUUAGUUCCAUGAAUAAUCUAGUGGAUUGUGAUUUUAGUGGCGGAGGCAGCAAGCUGCAUGUUUGUUCCGUGGGUAAUUGCAUACGCAUGAGCAUUAGGACGUGGUCAUUAACCGGCAACGACGGAAGAGAUGUUUUACACUCACUGAACAAACGGAGAGACUUGGUCAGUUUGGUUCUCAGCGAUGUUCGUUUUAAGAAUGUUUCCGCAGCCUGGACCCCAUCCUUAAAGGAAUUAACGCAUCUCGAGGAGUUAGUUCUCAAUGACUGCUUUCUGGACAGCACCGACAUAGAACCCCUUGCCUCAGCAGUGGGUCAAAUGCCAAAUUUGAAAAGGCUCAGUCUGAAAGGAAACCGAUCACUGGGAGGCCGUGCGAAAACAUGGGCUCCCAGCUUAAAACAGAUGGCAGGAGUAGUUAGCCUGAAUUUGAGUCGUUGUGGAUUGCGAUUCACGGAUGUUGCACAUCUAGCUACAGGACUGAGUCAAAUACCAACUCUGGAAGAGCUCUGUCUAAAAGGAAAUCGGUAUAUAGGGGGUUCUGGUAAAGCAUGGGCUCCUAGUCUUAAAGAAAUGGCACAACUUGUUCGCCUGAAUUUGGGCAGGUGUGGACUACGAUUCAAGGACUUCGAGCAACUUGCUGCAGUAGUGACUGAAAUGCAAACUUUGCAAGAGCUCAACCUUACCGAGAAUCGAUUUUUAAGUCACUGUGUAAACGACUUGGCUCCUUGUUUAAAGCAAAUGGAACAUGUUCACUUGCUGAAACUGGGAGGCUGCUCACUGACAGAAACAGAUCUGGAACAUAUUGCCGAAGUGUGGGGAAAAGAAGUUGAUCUUGAGGCCGAUGACCAGUCGAAUGACGAGUCUGAUGACGAGACGUGGUCUUAAGACUCUCGUUCAGGAAGAUUCCCAAGUCAUAGAUCUUUCCUGUAGAUUUCUGCGUCGUCCAGGAUUCACAGCCCUUUACUGUAUUCUUUGAUAAGCUGGAUCGGUUCAUGAUACUUAGAGUCAAGAGCGCACGAGACGAGACCAAAUAAGUUUCCAACUACCACGCCACGUGAAGGAACCUACGACACGCAGGAAAACCAAGACAAAACGAAAUUACCUUAAGCACCAAGGGAGAUAAUGUCUGCUUAUAGUACAUCUUACACGAACGGGGGUAUCGCGAUCCUGCUAUAUCCAUAUCAAUUUGUUCAAAUGUUGGGGAGGCAGUGCUUGUUUCUAUUGAAAUUCUGUGGAAAACCUUUUUUUUUUUUAGCUUUUAACACAUUCAUGUUUAUAUAUCCUGGAUUGUAUAUUGUUUUAUGUAUAUUGUAAUGUAAGUUUUGACGACAUACAGAGAUCUACUAGAUUUGAUAUAAGCUUACGAUUUGAAGGUGUUCGUAUCCUGACGAAAAUCAACAAUAUUUAUCCUGAACAGUGGUUGGUACUGACAACUGACCCUAUUUCUACGUAUCUUUUCUUGAGAGAAAGGGGUUCUAGGCUAAGAUCAUCCCAUUGCAACUUGAUGAAAUGUAAUUUGUUGACGGUACUGUUUGGAAUUGAAUUUCAUGCCGUUAUAUCUAACCCCUAAAAAAGCCAGGGGGGGGGUAACACCCCCACCCCCCAUUUUUCCCGACACCAUUGUAAUGCAUUUUUCAGGAGUUGAGCCUGGAAGAGAUUUUAGAAUAAAUUCUGCUUUUCACAAAAUUUGUGUCAAAUGAUAAAAGUUAUUUGAAAAAAAUUUUUUUAAAAAGAAAAAUACCGUUCUCGCGCAGCGCCCAUUGUGCCGAGGCAGGUCAGCCCAAAACGUAUACUUUUCAAUGCGGUGCUCAAUGCUUGCAAGCUGGCACGCAUGUAGUCUUGACAUUCAAAUGACCUAACAACAGUACUACAUUUUUGACUGAGUUCAAACUUCACAUUAAUAAGGCGUGUCUUUACAUGCAUGCCAAGUUUCCUAAAGAUCGAGUAUGACACACCCAUUUUCUUGUUGGUUGAGUCCACCCCUGGCUGUGAAAUAGGCCAAAAUUUUCCGGAUCUUUGAGGGUUGAUAUUUUACGGUUUUUGAUCGUAUACAGUGAGUGACUAGUUUCUCAUACUGAUCUCAUUUUUAUUUAAAUAUGAUUUCAAAUGAGCUUUAAGCGCCUCCAAGAGUUUGCAACGUGUUGACCAAUCA